AUGCUGAGCCAAGUGUGCCAACUUGUUAAUCCAUUCAUCCCCACUACAAGGUAAAAUUUUGUAUGGUAGAUGUGUAAAACAAGGUUUUUCUUGGGGUUGGGAAUAUGUUUCGGUUAUAUUGCGGUAAAUCAUAGGUUCUCUCCCAUUUCCAGUCCUUCCGCCAUGCCUUCGAUCCGCUCCCUGGCCCAGACCACCACCGGUCUCCCGAAUCUGGAGAGAAUUCUUCAGACCGUCCCCACCACCACCCCAUCCCCUCAAAAGGUCCUGGAUUCGGCGAUCAAGGAGGGUGUGAAGCAGGCCGUCGGUGGGGGAAUGGGCCCUGUGGGAUGGGUGCUGAUGUUCCUGCUCUCGGUCCUCGCCAUUUUCUGCCUGUUGAUCGGGGCGUACGCUCUUUACGAUGAGAAGUGCAGGAGUAAUGAAGUGAUGAGUAAGUUGGAGCAUUUUACGGUUGUACUGCUCUUAAUUUUAGAGCAGAAUGUUUGCAUCCAGACCACCACUGACUCGGGUCCUUUCCGCAAUCUCCACGCCUUGAACCGUCGCCGGCGUCUGGACAGCAGUCAUGUCUAA